AAAUCCAGGGUCUUAUAAAAAGCCACAAUUUAAAAAAAAAUCAACCUGCAGAACUUGAUAGUGAUUUCGACUGGAACGUCACUAGGAACGAGAACGUGGCAGACAUCGGUGCUCUACAGGUUGCCUACCACACGUGGCACACCCUGACGAACGGCAAAGACCGUAGCCUGCCGGGCUUGGAGGCACUCCGGCCCAGCCAACUAUUUUUCAUCAGCGCCGCCCAAACCUACUGUUCGAACAUGACUGCUGAGGCCUACGUUCUGUCUGUCGAGCUCGAUUAUCACACCCCCCAACCGGAAAG